GGCUCCAAUACGUUUGUGCUUGUGUUCUCGUGGUUCCUCAGUUGUGUUUGAUUAUAUGUUUCCUCUUUGAUAUUUCCUUACCCACAUUCACUAUGGCCCCGCAGGAGACUUACGGGAGGCGACAGGAUCUGAAUAUCCAUCUUUUUUAGGAUGGGAAAAAUCGGAAAGCCCCAAAAGAAGAGACAUCACAAAGUCAGAAACCCCUUGGAGGUUGCUGCUGCCAAGGAGAGAUGGAAGGAGCAGCGGAUGAAGAAGCCCAAGAAACCAAACGAAGAGCAAGAAAUCCCACGUAGCAUCAGAGAUGUUAUGCAAUUUAUGGAAUCCACAAAUGGCGGCCAGAGCCUGCCCAAGAAACACAGACGCAAGAGGAAAGGUUCAAAAUUACUAGACUCACAGAAGCUCCAGUGGGAGGAAGAACCUUGGCAGAGAGGGAUGAACAAGCCAUUGAAGCCCAUACCCAUUUACAAGCAAAUGAAAGGAGAGUCAAAUCAUAAGUUUCUCAACCGUAUCCACAAGACAACUAAGGUGAUCCUCAAUCAGGCUCAUUUUGAGACAAAGUACAAUGUGGAUAUCUAUGCUGAUCCUCAGACAGGAUUGGUGAGUGUCAAGAAAGGCAAACGGAAUCCUCAAGAAGAAAUUGAGGCAGAAAUUCAAACCUUGGCCAAGGAGGAGCCAAAGAUCCUCAAGUUCAUUGAGGAUCGGAAAGGCACAAGAGGAAAUGAGAAAAAGCAGAAGCAGCAAAAGGAUUUUUCUGCUUCAGGAGAACCACAAAAUGGGGCUAGAGGUCAGAAGAGAAAGCUCAGGUGUCAAGAGCUCAAAGGGCGGAAAAAACGAAAGAAACUCCAAAAGGAAUUAGAGUCCCAUGCUGAAUUUCAAUGUGAUCCAGUGGAGUUUGGAGAAGUUGCCCCAGCUCCACCAAGUUUACCAGUACUACCCAGAAAAGCACAACUUAAUGAUUCCAGGCCAGGCAAAAGAGGCCUCCUACUCAAAAGCCUGUUCGAAGGUGCAGCAGAAAAGAAGUCAAAGAAGGUUGGCCAACCUAGCCUGGCCAAGCAGAGGAUUUUGGAAGAUGAGAGACUCAGGGUCAUGGCAGCAUAUCAAGACUUGAAGCUUCGAAGAAAAUUUGGAAAAACUGAAAAUCUUUGACUCCAAGGCUGUUAUGGUUUGUGAUCAUAUCCUUCCACAUUGUAUAUGUCAUUGGAACAAG